AGACACAAAAACUACAAAAAAAGUGCCGACCUACAGAAUUAUUGUAUUUGUUUUGAACACAGACGUGUGAUGGUGCUUUCAAACACAGAUAUUUUCAUUUAUGCUGCUUUGUACUUUUUAAAAUCUGUAUGUAAAGCAUCAACAUAUUCCUUAAAAGUAUAAUACACGAUCAUAUGACACAAGCUCCUCCUUAGCGGUUCUUCACAGUCCACACACACAAAGAUACACCAGAAGAGCGAUCAGACAUCCACAUCAACACAACUCAUUUCAUUUCAGGUAAAAUCCAAAACAUAUCUUAGAAUGGAAAGCAGUAAUUUCAUCUCAACUGACAAAGCGACAGUUGUCAUUCAAAUAAAUCCACAAGAGGCAAAAGAUGGUGCUGUUUUUGUUGAUGGACAGGAGGCCAGAGGAGUAUCUCACAACACAGGUCUUAAAGGAUUUUUCAAAGCACAACCAAAGGCACUGGGGACUGUACAGAUAAUGAUUGGAGUGGUGGUCUUCUUACUUGGGAUUGUACGCACCGCGAAUUUUCUAGAAAUUGGUAUUAUUUCUGUCAUUAGUGGCAUCAGCUUCUGGGGAUCUUUCAUUUACAUCAGUGCUGGCUCUCUGUCUGUUGCGGCGCAGAAUAAACUUCAUCCGUGUGUGGUGAAAGCCUCUCUUGGAAUGAAUGUGAUCAGUGCCAUAACUGCAGGGAUAUCCAUUAUUCUGAUAGGUGCAGACGUAGGAAUCACUUCACUGUAUCACUUCACAAAUUGCUACCAUGAUCGCCAUGAUACCACGAGGCUCUGUAAAAAUGAUCAGGGGUUUGGUUCUGGAAUCCUUGGAAUAUUGCUGGUGUUCUCCAUCCUUCAGUUUAUCAUCUCCAUCGUUAUCUCGGCAUUUGCCUGCAAAGCCACCUGCGGCACAGACUCUACAGUGGUCAGUGUGGCACUAAACCGGGGAUACUGAGCCACAGUAAGGAGAUACCAUCCAAAGGUUGCAAGGAAUUAAUAUUGGCAGUGUUGCUUCUGACUCAAAUAUUCUUUUCUUUCUAGUGAAUCUAUAAUAAGAGAGUGAGAAUAUAUGGAUACAUUUUAUAAUUAUUGGAUAACUGAUCUUCAAACCCUGAUCAAACACAUAUGUACAAGAUAAUCAAUCAAGCUAGCCUUCAGGAUUUCUAUCAAACAAACAAACAAAAACAAAAAAGACAGGCAGGUGAGUUGAUCAGGAUUAGAGCUAAACUCCAAAGUAGCAUAGACCUUGAGGGCCAGAGUUGUGAAACCCUGUGUUGUCAACCACAUGUUGACAUUAAUUUUUUAAAGCAAAACAUGAUUGGAUUGAUAUAUGAGUCUUUUAAAUAAAGGUGGCCAUUUCAAAAAUACUCAAUCCUACAAUGUUUGUCUGUCAUUAUUUCUGUGACAUACAGUAGCUACAUCACCAUUUAAUACAUUUGCAAAAAACCCACCUGCUGGCUACUGCUGGCCCUCAAACAAAGGUAGUUAUAAUGGUGCAUUCCAUUUGUGCUCGUAAGUCAGAAAUUUUGAGUUAGCAAGAGAAACUUUAUACUGGAACAUCCCCUCAAGCUGGAGUUCUGAACAUGGCUGCUCAGUGCAUCAACAAACCUUUUGUUGCAUUCUCACAUUUUUUCUGACAACUGCUUUCUCAAUAGUGGUAAAACAAAAUGAUACUUUCAGAGGUGGUUCGGGUUGAUCAGCUUGUUUUUCUUGACUGUAUUAUCAGACUCAGAAAUUAUAUGGCAUAAAUGAUAGUUUGUGCAGUUACAGGAGUAAUUUACUAGGGAUGGGCACAUCAGUACAGCAGCAGUAUCCAUAUAUCAAUACUCACAAUCUAUUUAUUUAGUAUCAUGUCCUGCAAAACAAUCAGUAUUAAAGUUAUAUUAAUACGAAACAUGGGUUAAUACAUCACUUU